AUGAAGCAUCUAUCAAUUGUUCUGUUCCUCUUGGCAUCUUUGCCCCGGGGUCUCACCUUACCACAAGGUCGGGACGCGGUCCUGGAUGCAUGCGCGCAGCUUGCGGAGACCUUCCCCAAGCUCACCUUCCAAGACUCGCCAGAGUAUUCAAACAAGUCCAUUUUGAACUGGUCUCAGACGUGCGUCUUGAAGCCCAACUGCGUCUUUGAACCAGAGAGCGCCGAGGACGUCGCGCGCGCGGUCAAGGUGCUGCGAACUACAAAGACUCAGUUCGCCGUUCGCAGCGGCGGGCACAUGCCCGUCCCCGGAGCCAACAACAUCGACAACCCAGGAGUCCUCAUCUCUACUGAGCGUCUGAAUGCCAAGUCACUGUCCGAGGACGGAUCCGUAGCCUCCAUUGGGCCGGGCCUGCGCUGGCAGGAAGUCUACGGGUGGAGCUCUGCGCAAGGCUUCGCCGUCCCCGGCGGCCGUUUCGGCCCCGUCGGCGUCGGUGGUCUGCUGACUGGUGGUGGCAUCAGCUACUUCGGCUCGCGUACCGGCUGGUCUGUCAACAGCGUCGUGGCAUUCCAGGUCGUCCUCGCAGACGGCUCCAUCGUCGAGGCCAGCGCGCAGAAGAACUCCGACCUGUGGUGGGCCCUCAAGGGCGGCCAGAGCAACUUCGGCAUCGUCACCCGCUUCGAUAUGAAGACCUUCCCCGUCGGCGCCGUCUGGGGCGGCACCAUCCAGGCGCCCCAAGCCGUCAUCGACCAAUACAUCAACGCCGUCGCGUCCUUUGCCGCGCCCGAGGGCGGUUCUGCCGACCCGUUGGUGCACGCAAACCCCCUGAUGCUCUUCCUCCCAAACGCCAGCGCAAUGGUUCUCGGCGCGAAUCUCUUCUACCAAGGGGCCGACGAGCCGGCAAGCUUGGCCAACUUCACCGCACUACCCACCAUGUCUACUACGACUCGCUCGUGGCUAAGCCUCGGGGAUUAUCUGGCCGACGUUAGCGGCCCCGAUUACGCGGACCGCGGCUCCCGUCGCCUGUUCUGGAGCCUGGCCGUAAAGGCAGUUCCCGAGGCGGUUUUCCUGGUCAAUUCGACAUUCAUCGAGCGCGCUACGGCCGACUUGUCGCACCUCCCGAACGUGCUCACCAGCGUAACCUACCAGACCAUCAGCAAAGCGUGGCUGGAGGCGGCGCAGGAGGCGGGCGGUGACGCCAUCGACCUGGACCCGACGCAGGGUGGCAUCAUUAACGUGCUUAUAUCGACCACAUGGACAGACCCGGCUAUGGACGAGACGCACAAGGAGUUCUCGGACUCCGUCACGAAGGAGAUCCUGGCCAAGGCCGCGGCCAAAGGCCUCGAUCAUCCCUUCAUCUACAUCAACGACGCAGGCCCAGGCCAACCGGUGUUCCAGUCCCUGGGUGGCGGCAAGUCGCUGGGAAAGCUUCGUGAGGUUGCCCAGAAGUACGAUCCAUGUGGCUUCUUCCAGACGUACCAGCCUGGUGGCUUCAAGCUGGGAGACAUGAAAUACGAGCAGACUUGUUAA